UAAUUGGAAUAUUUCGCAUAUAAAAGCGCAACAAUAAUUUUGCCAAAAGCAGUUCGUAAGAAGAAAUCGACCAACAUGGAGAACAACAUUAAACUUGUCGGUAUGUCGAUUUCAAUAAAAUAUUUUCAAUUGUUGGGAGGAUUUCCAGGGAAUCACGAAUUUACGAAUCCUGGUAGAAUGUUUUAUUUCAAGUUUGUGAUGAGGGCGGUGUGCAGUUCUGUCCUGCUAGUCGGCUGCAUGCUUCAUUUAAUACACAGCUUCAUUGUAAAAAUCUUCAACCAGGUUGAACUGGAUGUCGCUUAUAUAACGGCUAUGCUUAUUGGAUACUUUUUAAUGUUAUCCUUGUUACUGAAAAUGAAAUCAAUUAUUCAGUUUUACAAGGAACUUUCGAAUUUUCAUGAAUACGAAAAACCUAUGGAUUUCGAAGAAACAAAUAAGAGAUACAACAAAUAUGCCAUUAUGCAUUUAGUUUAUAUACACACUCUUAUUUUAACAAGCUCGCUCUCUUCAAAUGUCUUCAAAGUAGAGACUUGUAGAAGAGAGAAUGAGGAAAAAGGAAUGCACGAAGUUUGCGGACUCUACUUGUACACUUGGUUGCCUUUCGACAUCGACUUUACGCCUGUUCGGCAAAUGUAUUUGCUUUGGCAGAUCAUUAGCGGCCAGUUCGUUCACAGUUUUAUCGGUGUGUGCGCUUGGAUGGUACUCGAAUCCUCUGAGCAUGUUGCCAUCAGAUUCAAGCAUUCCGGAUACUUGUUUACAGUGGCAGCUGAUGAGGAAGAUGACCAAAAGAGAAGAUUGUUGUUGAAUAAAGCGGUUAAAUAUCACAAAAAUUCGAUUAGAUUAGCUGAAUUGUUGGAGGAUAUAUAUAGCGUUUUCAUGUUUGCUCAUAUGUUUAUGACUUCCGUCAUCUUGGGUUACGACCUUUACUCUUUUAUACAAACUCCUCAAUUAUCCACAUUUAUGAUGUGUAUAGGCUGGGUAGUCGGCGUCUUUUUGGUUUGUCAGGGUGGACAAAGAUUACAAGAUACGAGUCUGAAAGUUGCGGAACUCGUUUACGCGUCUAAUUGGACCAAUUACGACAUUUCAAUGCAAAAAGAAAUCUGUUUUGUUUUAAUGAGAUGCCAAAAAUACAUGUCUUUGAAGGCUAUUUUCAUAGGAGAUGUGGGUUAUCCGCCUUUUUUAAUGGUUUUAAAAGCUGCAUAUUCUUACGUAAUGUUGAUGACAAAUACUGCAAAUUGAACAGUCAUUGUUAAUUUAGAAUGUACCUGCUCAAAGACAAAUAUCUGCAUAUACCUA